GUAUAUCAUGCCUCAAAGAAAAAAAAUCAUUCGUCUCGCCUGUAUUCAUUCGCAGUUUACCUUGAUCGUACCUGGUAUAUUCGUUCUCUAGUCAUGUAUAAGUCAACUCUCAUUGUAUCGCUGGUUGCGGCCGUUUCCGCUCAUCAAAACCUCCAUCAAUUUUGGGUCAAUGGGGUUUCUCCUGGCUACGAGAUUGGAAUUCGCCGCGCUCCUAGUAACAGCCCAGUCACUAAUGUAACAAGCAACGAUAUUGUAUGUAAUGUCGGAGGCGACAAGGUUCCCUCAGGGGUAACGACCGUCCCAGCUCAGGCAGGAGACACUAUCACCGUUGGCUGGGAUACUUCAAGUCAUCCCGGUCCCAUCACUCACUUCUUGUAUGGACCGGUAGAUGAUGCCGCUGAAGCAUCUGGGGUUGGAGCAGGCUGGUUUAAGAUUGAUGAGCGCGACUACGUCGACGGACAAUGGGCGAAUGAGGUGAUGGAAAGCAAUGGCGGGAACUACACGUUCAAGCUACCCACGAGUUUGAAGGGCGGUGAUUAUCUCCUUCGCUCAGAAAUGCUGGCUCUUCACGCCGCACAGACGAUUGGUGGUGCUCAGUUCUACAUCGGCUGCAUGCAGUUGAAGAUUACAGGGUGCGGAGGGGAAUGCUCGCCUACAAUUUCCCUACCCGGAGCCUAUAAUGCUGAGGACAGUAAUAUUUACAUCCCAAACGUGUAUUACGGCUUCGACCCGACGAAUUACACUGCACCUGGUGGCCCUGUUGCAACAUGCCAGUGAUGAAGUAUGGGUUUCCAAAGUCUCACAAAUUCAAUCUUCCACUAUGCAGUAUAGUUGACAAUACAUCACUAUGAGAUACUGAAGAACAAUGAAUUACCUAUGGCUCGUAUACUCAAGCGAAUGCUUUACCUAACCCAAUUCACUUUGUUCGCUCUUCCUAGAAAGUCU